GUCUCCGACUCCGUCGGGCGGCGGAGGCGGGCGCGGGCGCGUCCCUGUGGCCAGUCAUCCGCAGGAGUUGGUCGCACAAUUAUGAAAGACUCGGCUUCUGCUGCUGCUGCUUCUAGCACCGGAGCUGAGUUAGUUCUGAGGAGGUAUCCUUGGGCUGUUCUUGUCCGGCGGCUUUUGCUGCCGCCUUCGGAGACGCUUCCCGAUAGAUGGCUGCAGGCCGCGGAGGAGGAGGUGGUGGAGUUGCUGCCCUUCCGGAGUCCGCCCCAUGAGGAGAAUGUCCCAGAAAUCCUGGAUAGAAAAUACUUUGACCAAGAGGGAAUGCGUUUAUAUUAUACCAAGUUCAAAGGACCCUCACAGAUGCCUUCCAGGAUGUCAGAUUUGUCAGCAACUUGUCAGGUGCUUCUGUGGUCGCUUGGUCAGGCAACAUGCUUGUUUUACUGCAAGUCUUGCUAUGAAGUACUCAGAUGUGAAAUUGGGUGAACAUCUAAAUCAAGAGAUAGAAGAGUGGUCAGUGGAAAAACACACAGAACAGAGCCCCACUGAUUCUUAUGGUGUCAUUAAUUUUCAAGGAGGUUCUCAUUCCUAUAGAGCUAAGUAUGUGAGACUGUCAUAUGACACCAAACCUGAAAUCAUUCUGCAACUUAUGCUUAAAGAGUGGCAAAUGGAAUUGCCCAAACUAGUUAUUUCCGUACAUGGUGGGAUGCAGAAAUUUGAACUUCAUCCACGAAUUAAGCAGUUGCUUGGCAAAGGUCUUAUUAAAGCUGCAGUAACAACCGGAGCCUGGAUUCUAACUGGAGGAGUGAAUACAGGUGUGGCAAAACAUGUUGGUGAUGCCCUCAAAGAACAUGCUUCUAGAUCAUCUCGAAAGAUUUGCACUAUCGGAAUAGCACCAUGGGGAGUUAUUGAAAAUAGAAACGAUCUUGUUGGAAGAGAUGUGGUUGCCCCUUAUCAAACUUUAUUGAACCCUUUGAGUAAAUUGAAUGUUUUGAAUAAUCUCCAUUCCCAUUUCAUAUUGGUGGAUGAUGGCACUGUUGGAAAGUAUGGUGCAGAAGUGAGAUUGAGACGAGAACUAGAGAAGGCAAUCAAUCAACAAAGAAUUCAUGCUAGAAUUGGCCAAGGAGUUCCUGUUGUGGCUCUCAUUUUUGAAGGUGGACCCAAUGUUAUCCUUACAGUUCUGGAAUAUCUUCAAGAAAGUCCUCCUGUCCCAGUGGUGGUUUGUGAAGGUACAGGCCGAGCUGCGGACAUACUGGCUCACGUUCAUAAGCAAACAGAAAAAGGCGGAAAUCUUCCUGAUGCAGCAGAACCUGACAUCAUUUCAACCAUCAAAAAAACAUUCAAUUUUGGCCAGAGUGAGGCUGUUCAUUUAUUUCAAACAUUGAUGGAAUGCAUGAAAAAGAAAGAACUCAUAACUGUUUUCCAUAUUGGAUCAGAUGAACAUCAAGAUAUAGAUGUUGCUAUACUGACAGCACUGCUGAAAGGUACUAAUGCGUCUGCAUUUGACCAACUUGUUCUCACACUGGCAUGGGAUCGAGUCGAUAUUGCCAAAAAUCAUGUAUUUGUUUAUGGACAACAGUGGCUGGUUGGAUCAUUGGAACAAGCUAUGUUAGAUGCACUUGUAAUGGAUAGAGUCGCAUUUGUAAAACUUCUUAUUGAAAAUGGAGUAAGCAUGCACAAAUUCCUUACAAUUCCUAGGCUAGAAGAACUUUAUAACACAAAACAAGGCCCAACUAAUCCAAUGUUAUUUCAUCUUGUUCGGGAUGUCAAACAGGGGAAUCUUCCUCCAGGAUAUAAGAUAACUCUGAUUGAUAUAGGACUUGUCAUUGAAUACCUCAUGGGAGGAACCUACAGAUGCACUUAUACUCGAAAACGUUUUCGAGUAAUAUACAACAGUCUUGGUGGGAAUAAUCGGCGAUCUGGACGAAAUACUUCUAGCAGUACUCCUCAGUUGCGAAAAAGUCAUGAAUCUUUCGGUAACAGAGAAGACAAAAGGGAAAAAAUGCGACACAAUCAUUUUAUCAAGACUGCACAGCCUUAUAGACCAAAGAUUGAUACCACUGUGGAAGAAGGAAAGAAAAAAAGAACCAAAGAUGAAAUUGUUGAUAUUGAUGAUCCUGAAACUAGACGGUUUCCUUAUCCACUGAAUGAACUCUUAAUUUGGGCUUGCCUUAUGAAGAGGCAAGUUAUGGCCCUUUUUUUCUGGCAACAUGGUGAAGAAUCCAUGGCUAAAGCAUUAGUAGCCUGUAAGAUGUAUCGUUCCAUGGCAUAUGAAGCAAAACAGAGUGACCUGGUUGAUGACACAUCAGAAGAACUGAAGCAAUACUCAAAUGAUUUUGGUCAGCUGGCAGUCGAGCUUCUAGAACAAUCCUUCAGACAAGAUGAAACAAUGGCUAUGAAAUUACUCACAUAUGAACUAAAAAACUGGAGUAAUUCAACUUGCCUUAAGUUAGCAGUGUCUUCAAGACUUCGACCAUUUGUUGCUCAUACUUGUACACAAAUGCUAUUAUCUGAUAUGUGGAUGGGAAGGUUGAAUAUGAGAAAAAAUUCAUGGUACAAGGUGAUAUUAAGCAUUUUAGUCCCACCUGCCAUAUUAAUGCUGGAAUAUAAAACCAAGGCAGAAAUGUCCCACAUCCCACAAUCUCAAGAUGCUCAUCAAAUGACCAUGGAAGACAGUGAAAACAACUUCCAGAAUAUUACAGAAGAGAUUCCUUUGGAAAUUUUCAAAGAAAUCAGAGUUUUGGAAAAUAAUGAAGGAAAGACUGAAAUGGACAUACAAAUAAAACCCAAAAAGCUUCCAAUCACUCGAAAAUUUUAUGCUUUCUAUCAUGCACCAAUUGUGAAAUUCUGGUUUAAUACAUUGGCGUACUUAGGGUUUCUGAUGCUUUAUACAUUCGUGGUUCUUGUAAAAAUGGAACAGUUACCUUCAGUUCAAGAAUGGAUUGUGAUUGCUUACAUUUUCACCUAUGCGAUUGAAAAAAUUCGUGAGAUUUUUAUGUCUGAAGCUGGAAAAAUAAGCCAGAAAAUUAAAGUGUGGUUCAGUGACUACUUCAACAUCAGUGAUACAAUUGCCAUUGUAACUUUUUUCAUUGGAUUUGGACUAAGAUUUGGAGCAAAAUGGAAAUUUGGAAAUGAAAAAAUUUUUUAUUCUGGAAGACUGAUUUACUGUCUUAAUAUUAUCUUUUGGUAUGUCCGGUUGUUGGAUUUUUUAGCUGUAAAUCAACAGGCAGGCCCUUAUGUAAUGAUGAUUGGCAAAAUGGUGGCCAACAUGUUUUACAUCGUUGUAAUUAUGGCACUUGUACUGCUUAGUUUUGGUGUGCCCAGACAGGCAAUACUUUAUCCUCGUGAACCACCAUCUUGGAGGCUUGCUAAAGAUGUCGUUUUUAAUCCAUACUGGAUGAUUUUUGGUGAAGUUUAUGCAUAUGAAAUUGAUGUAUGUGCAAAUAAUACAGAUGCAAAUGUAAAACAUCUCUGUGGUCCUGGAACAUGGUUGACCCCAUUUCUUCAAGCAGUCUACCUCUUUGUACAGUACAUAAUUAUGGUUAAUCUACUUAUUGCAUUUUUCAACAAUGUAUAUUUGCAAGUAAAAGCAAUUUCAAACAAUGUAUGGAAGUAUCAGCGUUAUCAUUUCAUUAUGGCUUAUCAUGAAAAGCCAGUUCUGCCUCCACCACUUAUCAUCCUUAGCCAUGUGGCCUCCAUGUGUUGCUGUAUAUGUAAAAGAAGAAAAAAAGACAAGACUUCAUAUGGACCAAAACUUUACUUAACAGAAGAAGAUCAAAAGAAACUUCAUGAUUUUGAAGAACAGUGUGUUGAAAUGUAUUUUAAUGAAAAGGAUGACAAAUUCCAUUCUGGAAGUGAAGAGAGAAUUCGAGUCACUUUUGAAAGGGUUGAACAGAUGUGCAUUCAAAUCAAAGAAGUUGGAGAUCGAGUAAAUUACAUCAAGCGCUCAUUACACUCUUUAGAUUCUCAGAUUGGGCAUUUACAGGAUCUCUCCGCACUUACAGUAGAUACAUUAAAAACACUCACUGCUCAGAAAGCUUCUGAAGCUAGCAAAGUUCACAAUGAAAUCACUCGUGAAUUGAGCAUUUCUAAACAUUUGGCUCAAAAUCUUAUUGAUGAUGGACCUGUAAGAUCUUCCUUAUGGAAAAAACAAUGUGUUGGGAACACUAUUAGUUCUUCUCUUCCUCAAGGAGGUCUCGAAAAUAAUAAUCCUUUUCUGUGUAACAUUUUUAUACGAGAUGAAAGAGAUGCUCAGUGUAAGGUAACUGGUCAGGACUUAGCUCUAAUAUCCCGAAGGGAAGAACUAAUUCCUAGGAGGGAAGGAUUCAACUUUCCAGAGGCUGGUUCCUCUGGCGGUGCCUUAUUUCCAAGUGCUGUUUUUCCUCCAGAACUCCGACACAGAGCACAUGGUGCAGAGGCCUCAAAAAUCAUUAACAAAAAUCAGAAAUUGGGCAGUUCAUCUAAUAGCACACCACAUCCAUCAUCCCCACCAACCAAAUUUUUUGUUAGCACUCCAUCUCAGCCAAGUUGUAACAGUCAGAUGGGAUCUAUAGCUAUGAAGAAAGAGCAUACCUGCUCUAAAGCUGCAGAAGGAGAUGUAGAAUUUGGAGCUUUUGUAGGUCACAGAGAUAGCAUGGAGCUACAAAAAUUUAAAGAGGCAUCAUACAAGAUGAAAGAAAUAUUGGCUAUAAAUAUUCUGGAACAGCAGAAAGAUAUAAAGAACACCAUCCCAGAGAAUGUAGAGAUCCCUGGAUAUCAGAAUGAUCUUCCUUCUGACAACUCCUUGAAGCAUGUGAGUUCUUAUGCUGGAUUAACUGAGUGUCACAAGACACCCAUUUCCCUUCACUCAGACCAAGUUCAAAACAGUAAUAGAAGAGCAUCUGCAGAAGACACUCAUGAGGUAGAUUCCAAAGCAGCCUUACUUUCGGAUUGGUUACAAGAUAGAACAACAAAUACUCAAAUGCCAUCUGAAGAGGAAACAGCAAAUGGUAUUGCAUCUCCUUUUAAGCCAGUUAUGGAUAUAAAUUACUACUAUUCAGCUGUAGAAAGAAAUAACCUGAUGAGGUUAUCACAGAGCAUUCCAUUCACUCCUGUGCCUCCAAGAGGUGAGCCAGUCACAGUGUACCGGUUGGAAGAAAGUUCUCCCAACAUCUUGAAUAAUAGCAUGUCAUCUUGGUCACAACUAGGACUCUGUGCUAAAAUAGAGUUUUUAAGUAAAGAGGAAAUGGGAGGAGGAUUACGGAGAGCUGUCAAAGUACUAUGUACUUGGUCAGAAUAUGAAAUCCUCAAAUCAGGGCAUCUUUAUAUCAUCAAAUCCUUUCUUCCUGAAGUAGUCAAUACAUGGUCAAAUGUUUACAAAGAAGAUACAGUGUUGCAUCUCUGUCUCAGAGAAAUCCAGCAACAGAGAGCAGCACAAAAGCUCACUUUUGCUUUCAACCAAAUGAAGCCAAAAUCUAUUCCAUAUUCUCCAAGGUUCCUGGAAGUUUUCCUGUUAUAUUGCCAUUCUGCUGGACAGUGGUUUGCAGUUGAAGAAUGUAUGACUGGAGAGUUUAGAAAAUAUAAUAAUAAUAAUGGUGAUGAAAUAAUUCCAACCAAUACUCUAGAAGAAAUCAUGCUAGCCUUUAGCCACUGGACAUAUGAAUAUACAAGAGGGGAGUUGUUGGUACUUGAUUUACAAGGUGUGGGUGAGAAUUUGACAGAUCCAUCUGUGAUAAAAGCAGGAGAAAAAAGAUCAUCUGACAUGGUUUUUGGGCCAGCAAACCUAGGAGAAGAUGCAAUAAAGAACUUCCGAGCAAAGCAUCACUGCAAUUCCUGCUGUAGGAAACUUAAGCUUCCAGAUCUGAAGAGGAAUGACUACACGCCUGAUAAAAUUCUGUUUCCUCAGGAUGACUCUCCAGAUUUGAGUAUUGAGCCUGGGAGCUCCACCAAAGAAUCAGCUAAUUCUAUUCGUCUGAUGCUGUAAUCAUUGGUUUGACCUACACCUCACAAAAAUGUUACUGUGGUGUCACUUUUCCUUAAGGAGGAAGCUGUGCAGUAAUAUGGAAGGGCAGAUCCAAGGAGAAUCUGGUGACACUUGACAUGUAAUGGGUCAGUGUCCUCAAGGCCUCAUUAAAGUAGUGAGUCAGUAAUUGUCUACAGGACACAGCUGGCAGUUAAUACAUUUUAAAGGUAAAGAAGAAUUAGUAUUUAUAACUUUUAAAAGGGCUCGUUUUAGUAGAAGAUUUCAUUUGACUUUGUUCUGGUGAAGGGGGUAAUUCCCUCUUUCUCACAUGGUGCAAUAUCCCGUUAACCAAAGUCAUGUUUUGUUAAAGCAGAAUGUGUUUGGCAGCUGGUUUCCUGCCAAUCUCCUUGAGAAAUGAAGUGAUCACACCCAGCCUCCUGAUAAGUUAAAAGUAAAUGUCAGCCUCCGCGCGUUUCACUGACAUCUGGAUAAUGAAGUCACUCGAUCUCAGCUAGAUACUUAUUACUCACUGAAAUAGAGAAAAGUCCUAAAAAUAUUAGAGUCAAAGGAAGAAUCGGGAAGAUUGAGCAGAAGAUCAGAAUGAGCAUUUUUCUAAUCGAGACUUUUUCCUGAAUCAGGGUUAGGCUCCAUGUUUAAAGAUAGAGCCAGUUUUUGUCACUAGAACCCUAAUUGUGCAAAAUUGUUUUAUACAUUGUUUUAUCAAGUCACUGUUCCAUUGUAACAGGUAAAGCCAUGUGAGACUGGUAUAAUACACCUGUAUAGAAGGGAAAAGUACUUGCGGUUCAAGAGUUGCCUUGUAAGAAAACAUAGAAGUGCUUUUUGUCUGUAGUAACUUCAGAAGUGACAUACUUUCCAAAGAUCUUAUAGACCAGAAUAUCAAAUUAGAAUGUACACAUGAACUUUUAAUUGUAAUUAAAUUGUGUAGGAACAUCUUGAACUACUUUUGUUUUGGGUACUUAUUUAAGAAAUGAAUUGAGUUGAUUAUUAUGUAAUGUCGGGAGAUUGCAAUGCAACUUUAUGCCAAUAAAAGGUAAUGUAACUGCCCCAAAUAUUGUUGAAUAUUCAACAAGAAAAACCUGUUUCUGACUGAAGUUUCAUGCUUCAAUUGAAUUUUUAGUUUCAUUUUUGUUUCUUAGGUACUAAUUGUAAUUUUAACCACGGGGCAAUAUAGUGCUCCAUUUGUAUUUGUAGUGUAUCUUAUAGAUACAGAAGCAAGGCAGAAACACAAUAGCUGUUUAAAUGGUGUUUUAUGUUGAUUGAAGGGGAAAUGGGGAGAAGAGAGAAAUGAAAAGUGUAUUACUUAAAGACAUACUGUAUACAUUUUGUAUCAUUAAAUCUUUAAAAGACUAAAUAAAUUUAUUCUUCUUUACA